CAGCAUGGCCUGAGAAAAUUCCAUUCUUUCCGGCCCAAUAUCUAUACAUUACCGAAGAGAUCUUGGAAGAAAAACCCGAUCCUAAUCUAAAGAAAUACGAACGUUAUUUAAAUGGUUCAUUAUAUAAUAAUGAAGACGACUCGUCUGAGUGGGUGAAUGAAAAAUAUGAAAAAUCUUGUCUGCCAAAGGGUGUUGACAAAGCUUUUAGAAAAUUUUCGGAUCGUGUAUCCGAAUGGCCUGAUCAAUGCAUUAGGUAUGAAUUUGAUGGCCAACCACUUUUAUAUAAUCAAAGUGAUUCAGCAGCUUCAUUAUUACUAUCAUCAUCACAUGAAUCGAAUAAACAGCUCAAAGUAAAUACACAGAGAUUACCGAAAUGCCCAAAAUGUGGCUCCAAAAGAGUUUUUGAAUUCCAAUUAAUGCCAAGUUUGUUAUGCAUACUUCCAACUGGAGAAUAUGCGACUAAUAAUUCUAAAAAUAAAAAUGAGAUAGGAGGUAGUAAAUGUGGAAUUGCACAAUUUGAUGUUGGAAUGGAAUGGGGAACAGUAAUGAUUUUCACAUGUCAAAAUGAUUGUGAAAUAUACAAUGUUAAUAAGGAUGAAGUAUCUUAUUACGAAGAAUUUGUUUUAGUACAAUAUGAAUUGUAG